CCAUCACUGGUGUGAGUUGGAGUAAUAAUCCCCUAUCAUUGGUGUCAGUGGGAGGAAUGGUGCCCCAUCAUUGAUGUCAGUGGGAGGAAUGGUGCCCCAUCAUUGAAGUCAGUGGGAGGAAUGGUACCCCAUCACUGAUGUCAGUGGGAGGAAUGGUGCCCCAUCAUUUUUUAUCAGUGGGAGAAAUGGUGCCCCAUCAUUGGUGUCAUGGGAGGAAUGGUGCUCCAUCAUUGGUGACAGUGGGAGGAAUGGUGCCCCAUCAUUGGUAUCAGUGGGAGGAAUGGUGCCCCAUCUUUGGUGUCAGUGGGAGGCUAGUGCCUCCUAUC